UGCGAGUAUUGAAUUUAAAUGCAAAUUAGAUCAGCACCUAUAUACAGCAAAUAUAUUUACUGUACAUCGUAUUUUAUUUUACUGUAUUUAUUUAACGCGAACUUUGCUAUAUUUCUCUCCCUAAAUAAAUUCGACAGUGCAAGUUGCGUGAGUAAUACCCAUUACAAUCGAAUUAAGACAGACACGUAUUUUUAUACUUAUACCAUUAUUUACAAAUUGGUCUAGACUUGCAGGCGUCCUUAUGUCCUUGACCUUAUUGUAUAACUAGUUUUAGUCUUCGGGCCCCACUGGGAGUCUAGCUGUUAGGGUUAACAAUAAUUUAUUACGAAACCUAGACGAUAGGACGAGUAAGGUAUGAAAAAAGUCCUUAUGAAGGUAAGUCAGUUAUUGAUUUUUUAAGGUUUGUAAAUACGUAGGUAGUAUUUUUUUUGGGUAGUUCGAUUUUAAAGUAUGAAAGGAAGAACUUUAUAACGUCGUAGUUCCCAAAAAUCUAGCUUUCAGAGCUCGUAGACAUGACAAGGUGUUAAAUGUCUAAAACUGAAUUGCAUCGAAAUGCAAUGGAAGUAACUUAACCGAAACAUGUAAGCUAAAAAUAAACUUUUCAUUAUCUUUUUUAAAGUAGGUACUCAAAUAAAAAAUGCAGUUACAAUUAAUAAGUAUCAGAUCAAUUGAAUGAAUGCACAAUACCUAUAAAUAGCUUAUUGUGCUGUCACAAGUACAGUGUGACCUCGGAGCGCAUCAUUACAUUACAACGGGGGUCAGUGACUCCGCAGUUUUCAAGGCUGAAGUCUAGAAUGCUCGGGAACACGUCUGGCUCGCCCGAUCGAUAUCCACCCUCCACGCACACAUGCAAGCGAUGCACCUACACACCGACGUACCACCCAUACGAUCAACUGUGACACAACCGACACUGGUAGCCAGAUGGCGCUCACAUCGACCGCUAUAUAAACCCACCGGCCGGCGAAUCCUUAGAUUACUUCAAAUCAACCAACAGGACGAAAACAAGUCUCGUUUGAGUUAUAAAUAAACUCGGAACAAUGUCUUUGUUACCUUUCGUACUCGGAGCCGCCCCUCACCGCCUCAUCGACCAGGACUUCGGGUUAGCGCUGACCCCUGAUGACCUCCUCACCGCUGUGGUUGCCCCGCUCAUGUCCCGGGACUACUACCGGCCCUGGAGGCAGAUGUCGGUCGCAGCCAGGGAUAUUGGUUCCACCAUCACUUCCAACAAGGACAAGUUCCAGGUCAACUUGGAUGUCCAGCACUUCUCGCCUGAAGAGAUCACUGUGAAGACUGUCGACGGGUACGUGAUCGUCGAAGGCAAGCAUGAGGAGAAGAAGGAUGAGCAUGGGUUCAUCUCACGUCAGUUCACCAGGCGUUAUGCGUUGCCAGAGAACUGUGACCCCGCUACUGUCGAGUCCAGGUUGUCUUCUGACGGUGUACUCCAAAUCAUUGCGCCGAAAGUAGCUUCUACUGGAAAGAACGAGAGAUCUGUCCCCAUCGCUCAGACAGGACCAGUCAGGAAGGAGAUUAAGGACGCUGCGAGCCAGCAGACCCCCCAGUCUGACGCCAACGGUACCUCCAAGUGAACACCUACCUGCAAGAUCAAAAACCCUGCAGCGUUAUUGACGGCUUUGCUUUGCAUUCCUGUUUUUGUUGAAUAUGUGAUAUCAAAAUCGACUGAUGUAUGUAUGUUUUAAUAUAAUUAGCGUUAGUAAUUUUUAAUAAAGAUUCCCAAAUCUAUUCUAUUUCUGUAUUUUAUUUGUUCCCGCAAAAAACUAUGUCCAUAGCAGUGCGAAAUCUCGCUUUACAUGUUGACUAUACACACAUUGUCUGCGGUACCCCAUACUGAUAACUGUAACUUACGCUUAGACUAACAAAACUAUCAAUGCUAUUUAUAUGUAAGUCUCUCUCCAAUUCUACAGUUAAAAACAACAAUGUCAUGCCUACAUUCAUUAAACUUUUAUGCAGAUUACAGAAUGAAUCAAUAUAAACAAAAAGUUAUGUUAUCACAUUGCGUGCAGUAAUUAAAAUUUAUUUAUAUAACACAAUGUUGCUAGCGAAUGGAAAGGUAAAAACCACAGUCAAUCCGACUCGAGAAUGUCGCUGCUUACCCCUUUUACAAACAUACCAUAGAUACUGUACCUACAGUGCCUCUAUAUGGUCUAUGGUAGAUAGGAGUGUCAAUAUGGGGGAUUUCGUAAUGUAUCGCAAGACUCCAGUUUGUAAGUCUAUACUUCAAGCUUAUAUAUUAUGUAGGUACGACUAUAUAAGCAGUUUUAAAUAGAUGCAAAUAUAUUGAGGUUUUGAGAUUAGCACAGGAACAAUAAUUUGUAUCUAUGUAUUUACGUAUGCCCAAUGGUGGGAAGACAAGAACAAGGGAUUAUGAGAAAUCCUUCCAUGAAAUCUGAUUUUACACGUCAGAAAUCUGCCGUAAUUCAAAGAAAUAUUCUCAUUGUUCGUAAGAACUAUUGAUUUGUAGUGAGCUCAUUGUCUGUAAGGAAUGUUUGUCGGGGAUCGAGUGACAUACAGUUUUGUUUGCUGUGUUUUGUCUAGAACAAGAAUGUUAUGAAUUUGAUAUGUUUGAAACACGUAUGUUUGAAAUUCAGACUUUUUAUUUCAAAGUAAAAAUGAGACUGAGUUAUUAUUUAUGUUUUUGGGUAUUUCUAUUAGUGAAUAUUACUGAAACAGUUUUUAUUUCUCCCGAAGCAAGAUAUUUUUAAUUAGGAAGCGGUGCAGGGUGUUCGAAUAUGGGUGCUGUUCAAAAUGUACUUAAUUAAUUGAAUGAUUUUUGAUGUUUUUUUUUUUU